GUAGACGUGGAUCGUUUUCAUUCUAAAAUGCCAUUCUAAAGCUAAGACGUAUUAGUGUAAACAGGGCCGUGUGUGUUUUUUGCAAGGGUUGCUGCUGAGCUCAGCAUCGUGAUGUCUAUCGGCUAUCGUCGAUGGACCAUGGCAUCAUCUAUCGACCCAACCCUAUUGCAAUUACAUUAUGACGUCAUCACACAAUGAUGUUACAGCAUCAUUUAGUAACUUUUAUCGACAAAUUGUUCCACAGUUAGCAACUUCCUCUGAAAAUGAGUUGGCAACAGUGAUGAGAAUGUCACUUAGGGUUUUUGUGUUGUUGACAGAUCCUUUCUGCCUUCUGCCUCCUUUAGGAGUGUUAAUGUACUUUCCGCCACCACAACCUAAACGGUCACUUUGUACACGCAAGAUCCGAAUCAAAACGACACUAAUCCUUGAGCCAACACACACCUCAGUUGAUGCUGUUGAGUUCCUGAAAGGCACGCUGGUCACCCGCUUCAUGCCGUCCUUCUACAUCAUCAUCAUCCUCCUCAGUUUGCCUCUGAACGCUUUGGCUUUGGUGACGUUCACCUGCAGGAUCAGAGAAAAGAAACCAGCGGUGAUCUACAUGUCUCACCUGGCGUGUGUGGAUCUGCUCUUCGCCCUGCUGCUGCCUCUGAAGAUCCACUACCAGCUGAACGCUUCUGAUUGGCUGUUUGGUGAGGCGGCGUGUCGUGUGCUCACUGCAGCUUAUUACUGCUACAUGUACUGCUCCAUACUGCUGAUGAUGUGCAUGAGUGUGGACAGACUGCUGGGUGUUGCGCUUCCCAUCGCUUCUUUAACCUGGAGAAAUGCGAGGAAAGCCUCGUUCAUAUGCGCAUUAGUCUGGCUGCUGGCGCUCGCUGGUACUGUGCCAAUACUUUUAAUGAGACAAACAGUUAAGAUUGAAGAUGUAGGCAUCACUUGUCAUGAUAUGAUGAAGGCCAAUGACAAAGCAUCGUCAUAUUAUGCAUACCUGUUUUCCAUCCUCUCCUGCCUGUAUUUCUUCUUGCCGCUGGUCAUCACUUUAGUGAGCUACUCCACCAUCAUAUAUGUGCUCAGUGUAAAGUCUGACCGCAUUUCUUCAUCUUUCUCCAACAAAAGGAGAGCUGUGAUCAUGACUAUUUCUGUGCUGACGGAGUUUGUGGUGUGUUUUGCUCCAACCCAUGGCAUCUUGUUGUAUCACUGCAUUCGUUUAGCAAGAAGAGGUGAAACCGGUGAAGGAAAUUCAUCAUAUGCUGCUUACAUGUUGGCUGUGUGUUUGGGGAGCGCAAGUGUUUUUCUAGACCCACUUCUGUACUACUAUGGUUCAUCUCAUUACAGACAGCUAAUCAAAUCUGUGUUUUGGUGCAAGAAGGCAAAAAAAAGGAGCCAUCGUCUACCAUAGCUCACACGCAGCAAGAAAAUAAAAAGCUGCGUCCUUUGUGUGCUUUAUUGUAGGUCAUAGAUAUUUAUAUUAGAUGUUGUAAUAGAUGUCGCCUACGCUAUUGUAGGAGCCAUUUUUUGUGUUGUUGUGAUUUAUGUUGUCCACUAGGUGUCACUAGCUGAAAACUAUAACUAAGGUGCCUGUGUAAGCGAGGAAGAGCGUCAGGUUUGGGAAAGCACACGGUUUUUGACCGUGCUACAGAGUAACUUGUUUGCUAGCCAGAAAACUGCAGUGUUUAGAUAUGUGCUGUGUGUACAUGGAGUAAUUGUUAUAUUGACAUGAUAAAGAAGAAAGGAGAGGCAAAGAUUGAGGCUUUGUUUAAUUCACCUGCACAAAUAAAGACAUUCUGCUU